UAUUUCAUCGAUAGAAAUGAAGUUAUCAGAAAAAGAAAAUAUUAAAUCCUAUAUGUGGAGAAUGCCCUAGAAUAAGUAACUUGAUAUUCCCCAUUGUAUUUACUGCGCAUCCAACUGCGUCAUUCAUAUUUCCACAUUUCCAAUUAAUCAAGUGAAAUGUUUCGUACGCGUUUUAUUUAAUGUCAACACCUCAUAGGAACGUAUUGAAAGUGACAGCUGACGAAUGUAAUAAAUUUUCGCAUUCUCGAUUGCCUGUAUAUUUGAACUUUACGAUUGUUUUCGUAUACAAAAGCAAUAGCAACGGAGAAUCGCAUAUAUUCUAUUAAUACAAAAAUUAUAUUAGAGCAUUUGCUCUAUAAAAAUUGAUCAUGGAACAAAUGAUCGCAUUGAGUACACAAAAUCCAUUAUCAUUAUUGGUUAAAUUUGGAAUGAUGGCUUGGAACAACAGUUGUGGAAUUGAAAAUUGUUCAGGACAUGGUGAAUGUCAUAAUGGCACUUGCUUAUGUGAAAUUCAAUUCGAUGGACCUGAAUGCCAUGUACCAAAUCUAAGUUAUUAUAUAGCAUUUGCAUCUAUUUUCUUUAUAUUGGCAUUCGUAUGUUUUAUUCAACUUGUGAUGUGUAUUAUCGCUGAAUGGAAAAAGAUGAAGGCACCUUCAUUUCUGAGAGCUUGCCGAGUUACUACUCAAAAAGUAUUAUAUUUUGUAGUCUUUCUUGCAUCAGUAAUACGUGGAGCAUAUUUUACUUCUCCAACUGCAUUCAAAGAAGGUUGGUCAAGAAGUUUAUUAUCAGCAUAUUAUCCACUUCUAUUAAGUGGGUCAUCUUUAAUUGUAUGUUUCUGGGCUGAAGUUUUCCAUCUGAGAGAUGUUCAAUGGGAUAAACCACAAUUUUUAUCAAAAUCUUUUUUAGCAUUUGUUGUAUUUAAUAUAAUAACAUAUUCAUUAUUAUUAACUGAAUUUGUUAUUGCACAAAUAAAUUCUCAAGAAGAUCAAAACGUUUUCCAGAGCUAUUAUACACACAUUUUUAAUGGAUGCUAUGCAGUACUUUUAUUCAUUGUUGUCAUAUUUUUUUUGAUAUAUGGAGUGGAAGUAUACUUUAAGGUUCGAGGUGGAUUUUUAAAUGAGUACCAGGUUGCUUCUAUUGCAACAAAUAUACGUACUCCAGAUGAUUCAAAGUUAUUAAAUGAAGAUCAAGUUACAGCUAAAUUAUUUGAUUCUCAACCAUCUACAUCUGAUAUUCUACACAUGCAACAACAAGUGAAUACUUCUCAAUUACAUCAAUCAAGAUUUGGUUUAUUAUCUCAAGCAUUCAUGUUGUUUAUCGUGGUUGGAUUUUUAUUUAGUGAAACACUCAGCGAAUUUUGGAAAACAAAAGUUCCCUUAUAUAGCAGAAAUUGGCAUGAUGUUGUGUUUCGUGUAAUAGAAGUUGGUGUAGCAUUAUGGUUUCCUUGUGUUUUGUGGAAUUGUAUGAGUCCUGAACAAUUAUGGAUUUUAAAUCCAAAACGAAUUUUGAAAAGGCUAGAUCUUGACCAAACAAAACAUAUGAAAGAAAUUGAAUUGCAAGAUAAAUGUGCAGCACAAGAGUCUGCUGUAAUUACUGAUGGUACAUCAAUCAAUAGUAAAGAUUGUUGGAUAUGUUAUGACAAUGACAGACACGAUGUUGGUCCAUUGAUACAGCCAUGUCAAUGCAGAGGUGAUGUAAGUGCAGUCCAUCAUGAUUGCUUGCGUAGAUGGCUUGUAGAGAGUUCAGUUAAUGCAGAUAGUCUCACUUGCAAGAUAUGUGGUACUAACUAUAAUGUGGAACAUGCUACUCGUUUGGAUUGGCAAAAUAGUUUAACAACGAAACAUUGUCUUCAAACUAUUGCAAUUGUUACUACAAUGUGUGCAUCUUCUGCAGCCGCAUGGACAGUCAUACAACUUGUAGAAGGUCCCAUUAUUAGGAUGCUUGCAGCUGGUGCUGCUUUGUUGAUAAUGUAUGUUUGUAUAAGAUUUUUGAGUUUAAACACAGUGGUGGCUUAUCAACGUGCCAAAAUUUUAUCAUUAAAUAUUGUAAAUUCUGAUAAUAGUGGAACAGCAACACAUGUUGCCACAAUCAGUCAUACUGUUUCUGUAGAUUUAACAAAAGCAGAACCUGCUAUGAUAUAGGGCAGCAUAUCAUAUCGAGCAAUAGGAACAUAGGAUCUGGAAUAAAUAAAAAAUUAAUGAUUGCAAAGACAUUAUAGAAAUUCUAAGGUAAUAAUAGUAGAAUCAUUGAAUACAUGUAAAUAAUAAGUCAAAUGAUAGUCAAAUGUGGUAUACUUGUAAUAAAACUUUUUUAUGAUAAUUAUCAGGAAACUUUAAAAAACGUAAUCAUUUUCUGUUGAAAUUUACAUAUAUAUAAAAUCUAAAAAUUACUAAUUAGUAAAAAGAAAUAGAAUACUUGUAGUUUGACAUUAUACUUUUUUUGUUUAAGUGUUUAAUUCUAUUUUUAUACUGUGAAAAAUGUUGUAGUUAUAUUUAAUAAAGUCGACAAAUACGGAAUUAUAAUAACUUUUAAUUUUUAUUUGUUCUAAUAUAUAUCUUUCAACAUUAUGAGUACAACAUUUUUCACAAAAACAAAAAUAAAAUAAAAUAAAAAAAAAUAUUCAUUCACAAUAUUAAAUAUACACUAACACUGUUAUAACAUAUAUCAUUAAAAUUAUCAAAGUAAAAAGUAGUAGUUGUAUUAAUGAUAAAAGAUUAUCAAAAAGUAAAAAUUAAUGUUUAAUGAACAAUAAUAAAAUCAUAGAUUUUAGUUUUAUAUAGUUUAUAAUGGGAAUAACUAAUAGAUUCUCACAUGAUUGAGAUUAUCAGUAUAAGAAUUUAGUGAAUAAUUUUCAUAAAUUGUUUUUUAAACUACCAUAUUUGACAUCAAUAAAAAUAAAGUCUUUAUUUUGCAUUAAAGUAGAAUAUUAGAACGAAAUAUAGUACCAAACAUUUUUUUUUACAUAAAGCCCACAGGUAGUAGAUUGCUAAUUAUACAUAUUGGAAAUAAUUAUGUUUUCAGUUGAACUUUUGCCAAAGACAUUUUAUCAUUACUUGUUUAUGAGAGCAUAUACUCUUUAUAUGAUUAUGCAUAUUUGAUUUAGAUUUAAGUUCGUAAUACGAAAAAUUAGGCAUUCAAAAUGUCAUUUGAUCAUUUGUCAUGAAAGUCAUUAUCAUGAAAUAUAUGAUAUUUCUAUUCACAAUUAAAUUUUAGUGAGUGAUAUGUAAAUAUAAUAACUAAUAUUGGUAAGUAGAUUGUCAAUAAUAUUAGUACUAGUAAUAGUAGGAUUUAGUAUUUAAGUAUGUAUUAUUGUUGGUUUAAUCUUGAUAUGGCAGUUAUAUAAGUAAAUAUCUACAUAGUUUAUUAGAAAGAAUCUGUUAAAGUGAUAUCAUUAGUAUAUGUUAUACAACUAAUGAGGCAAAAUAUACUUUUCUGGGAUUGUUAUCAAACAAAGGAAAUUUUAGUUAAUAUUUUACUAGUAAUUACAAAAUUGACUAAAGUAAAAUUUAUAAGAAUCAAUAAAAAGAAAAUAUUGCCAUGCAAAUGUUUCUCAUUUAUUAAUAAUAUAUUGCAUAAUUCAAAACAUAGUUUAAUAUGUUACUGAAAUAUUUUACUUAAUGUCUUGAUAUUUUUACAUUUGUAUGAAAAUAAAAAAGAUAAUUGAUUUAUUUACUAUUUCAUAGAUCGAAAAAUUUAUAAGAUAUAUUUGAAAUUAUAAAUUUCAAUUACAUUAUAUUAUAAAACAUUAUCACUUAGUAAAAUGUAAAUAUAUGGAGAAUGAUUGUAUACGACUUUGAAUGGGAUUGUUUGAAAGAAAGAUGAGGUAAAAUAAUUACUAUGUAUGCGCGUAAUAUGCAUCAUUUGGAAAAACAAUAAUUAUAGAAAAAAAUAAGAGAUAAAUAAAAAUAUUAGCAGUA